AUGUUGUCACUGCUGCUCUGCAGCUGCCACUAGUAAUACUGCUACCAAGGAGUCCUUGGGAGCCUCAUGCUCAUAGAAGAUGGACAAGAUGAGUGGAGACCGAGCUGGUCCUUCCUUUCUCACUGUCCUGGCGUUCAUGGGAUUCUUGUGUGCGUCAGAAUGUGCUCGGGCUCCAGCCAUGUUCGUCUUUGGAGACUCGCUGAUCGACAACGGCAACAACGACUACAUACCGUCGAUCGCGCGAGCAGACUAUUAUCCCUACGGAAUCGACUUCGGGAUGCCGACUGGCCGAUUCUGCAAUGGCCUAGUAGUCACAGAUUAUGCUGCAAUACGUUUGGGCUUGCCUUUUCCACCACCGUAUCUAAGUCUAGCAUCACAGACCACCAUGAUAUUGAGAGGAGUGAACUAUGCUUCGGCUGCCGCAGGCAUUCUUGAUGAGACCGGCCGGCAUUACGGAAGUAGGAUUACAUUUAAUAGGCAGAUAGAACUAUUUGCCCAGACAGUGAGGCUGCAAUUGCCACUCCUAAUUCCAGAUCCAGUGGCACUAACUCAGUACCUAGCCAGCUCACUGUUUGUGAUUAACAUUGGCAGCAAUGACUACAUCAACAACUAUCUUCUUCCCGAUCUCUACACCUCAAGCAGGACUUACUCUGGAGAGGAAUUCGCCAAACUGCUCAUCCACAAUUUAGCACAGCAAUUAACGAGCAUGUACAACAUAGGAGCCAGGAAGAUGCUGCUGGUCGGUAUCGGACCGCUCGGUUGCAUACCAAGUCAGCUAGCCAUGAACAACAUCACAAUCAGAUGCGUCGAACGAGCCAAUGAAUUGGUCAAACAAUUCAAUCAGUAUCUCAUACCUGCGAUGAUCAAGCUGAACUCCACCUUGCCAGGCUCUUUCUUUGUGUACCACAACAUCUAUGACACCUUCUCCGACAUGAUCCAAAAUCCUUCUAAAUAUGGGUUCUCAAUCAGUAACCAAGCUUGCUGUGGGAAUGGAAGGCAUGGAGGGCAACUGAGCUGCCUGCCCUUGCAAAAGCCAUGCACCACUAGAGACCAAUACAUUUUCUGGGAUUCUUUCCACCCAACACAAGCAGCAAAUGCCAUCAUCGCUGACAAGUGCUACAGUGGAACAGCCAGGGACUGCUUUCCUAUCAGCGGCUAUCAGUUGGCAGAGAUGUAGGAAGAUUCUCAUAGAGAUAAGGCAGUAAGUUUGAGAAACUUCUUUUGCUUGGAACUGGUAUGAGUGCGAUCAAGUAGGAAGAUUCUUCUUCUACAAAUUAGAUAGCUGGUUUGUUGAGUUUCCUCUUAACUUGGCACAGUUUUAGUUAAUUAGCUGUUUAUUAGUAGAAGGGUAUCUGCUGUCUUACUCUGUUGCAAACUGAAUGGAAAACUGAGUUCAU